CUCCAGUCCAAGUGCUCCAGUACAAGCUCGUAUCUCAAGCUUAGGAGGAGAGGCCGCAUCCACCGCCGCGCUAGGCGCCCUUGGGCGUAGCUCGUCGUCGGUCGUUGAUAGAGGAGUGCCCUGAGAAACCAGUUUAAGAGUCGAUUUUACUUCUUUGAUAAUGGUACCUACGGUACCUACGGUGUAUUACGGUCCCAUGCCGCGCCGGGAGGCAAGUGCGAAUGCACGCUGCAAUAGGGUAGAACUAGAGGGCGGUGGAGAGGUGAGGUCACUAGUAUUACGCACGCAGCUUGGGUUGAAGCAGCAUGCCAGCCGUAGAGCUUUCGAGGAUGCAGUUGUAGCUCUCAAUGAUCUUGCGGCUUACCCUGGAGACGAUUCAUCGUGUGAUAAGUGGCUCUACCAAGCCAUCAGUCGCGCAGUGGAAAACAAGGUCACGAAUAUCCACGCGUUGCUAUUGGCGGAUGUUCUUAAAGAACGACUAGAACGACGAGCAGAUGCGUGGUCUUUCACUGCAGUAGCACUCGGAGCGGGAGCUAGCGUGAAUGCUGCACGGCUGCAACUUAACAGUAUCGUCACCACCCCAAGCUUAAAGGGGGCAAAAGCACUGGCUGCUAAAGGUGCGUGGAGUGCCAGGGCUAUUACCACAUUACUCUAUGUGAUGUCCACAGAGGAGCAAUGCAGGGUGCAGUCAAUAUCUCCGCGAGAGUAUGCAGACAAACUACGAGCGACACUUUGGAAAGGUGCUUUUGCACUUGAGGCGGCAUCUCCAGAAUUGGCAGACAUAGCAUGGACCUGUAGACGCACAGCAUUAGAAGUACUUGUCGCCGUAGCACCUGAAGCUGUGGAUAUUGUCACGAGUGAAGCCCUACAUGGCCUUUCGACACACAAAAAGAUGGCUCCUGCUUCUGUUGUUGCUCGUGUGCAGUGGUUUUCGUCUCUUGACGGACAGCUUGAUCCGUGGAGGGCCACGCCACACAUCAUGUUUGAGUGGUGCACGCGACGCGCGAUAACUUUAGACGCAUCUGGCGAUAAGCUUGGAGCGGCGCGCGUCCGAGCUAGGGGUCGGGCACAGCUAGGGGACUGGCCAUUGUUUCACGGAGUUCUUUACUGUUCAGAUCUUGGAAAGCAAAGAAAGCCAACAAUAGCACUUGCCGAGGCUAACAGGUGUUUUAAUUGUGCCCUGGAGAUAAGUAAGACAGACCAAUAUAUUUCUUCUGUGUGGCGGCGUGCAUGGAUAGCACUUUCUAAUGCGCCAACCGCAUUUGGACAUUACUCUGAUUCAAAAGCAUGUGGCUACUCACAUUAUGAGACAGUUCUUCUUACUCUGGCGCGCCAUGAAUGGGGGAAGUAUAUGAAGGAAAGUAGUGCAUGCAACCAGCGUGCAGAUGCAUGUUGGCUUGCAGCCAGUUUUGCUGCCAAGCGUAGUGCGCUCGACAAAGUAGCCACACAUUCCAAGUCUGCUGAGGGCAUGUCGUCAGCUCAGCGAGCUGCGAUGGGCUAUGCAGCAACUGGCCUCGUAGUUCUUCGCAGAGCAACAGAUACUCGUACGUUUGGCGUGGCUGCUGCACUUCUAAAACGUGCUAGUCUGCGGACAAGUGGCAGCGCCGUGCCAUGGAUUGGGAUUGCAAAUUGUCUGGACCGGCUUAAGCGAGACUUUGAUGCUGCUGCGGCUGCUGCGUGGUCGACCUGCUACUGCAUUGACGAGGCCUCGAUUUUUGAUGCUGUCACAUGCUAUUCGCGGGCUGUAGUUAACACUAUGUUACCUCCAUCCCUCCUCGACUUACUCCAAUCUUCAGGUUUGAUGCAUGUCAAGGAUGUACUUAGAAAAAGACUCGGGAUCUGCGAAAGACAAAGUAGCAUCUCAACAUUUAUCACUGCGGCCGAGGAGCUGGCAACAUGUGAUGUAGCUAGAGCUGCGCUAACAUUGUCUCGCGCGAGUAUCGCGCUUGUGCGCCGAGGUUCUUAUACUGCUGGUGCCGUACUUGCAAAUUAUUGCAUGGGGUCACCAGGUUCUAAUUCAGCUACUGAUUCCAUUGCGUGUUGCUCCCUAGCAUUAGCAAUAGGCUGCGAGUCGAAUGCAAAUAAUCAUUACAGAGAUGUGACCCACGAAGCAUCUGCGCUUUCAGGCCUUGAGGGGCUGCACGAUCUACAUUCAGUACACGUAGAACAUCUGGCGUUAGCGACAGCAUUGUUGCGGGAUGCAUUUGCAUCUGUCGAAAACGUCAUUUGUGAGAUUCGUUCAUGUGGUGCACUGGCGAGGCUAGUACCACAGCUGCACAGUGCAAUUAUCGCGUCGUCUGCGAUUGCGGCUCUUCGUAGUGGAUCAAUAGGGCCGUCUUCUUCGAUGUUAGUCACUGUCGGUGGGGACUCUGUUGUAGCACCAUUUGAAAAUCUAUGUUGCUGUGAGGUUGGAACCCCGCCUUACUUCGAUGACCGGCAUCAUUUACUUCGUGUGCAAGGCAAGCCGAGUGGCAACGUAGCUGAAGCACACCUAGCUAUUGCGUUGGACGAAGCACUUAUCCAUAUGCAACGGCGAGCAGCUGCAGAAAUUGGGCUUGAAAUGUUCGCUACACAAAUGCAUCUUGCAAAUAUUUCGGGCGCCACAAAUGCUCUUGGUUCUCUCGAGAUACUUUCGAGGUUCCCACCUUGCUGGUGUGAACGCAAUUUAUAUGCCAUUCGAGAUUCUGCACAGUCGAAGGCAAUGAUCCAGGGUGUACUCUGGCUUCAUCUUGCACGGCUCUGGCUUGUUCGGGGAUGCAGUGCACGUGCAUCCAAAUAUGUACAGCGUGCAGCUAGUAUCAAGCAAUGUCACAAAUUAAGGCAGGCGGCAAGAGGGCUUGAAUUGUGUCUUGCUAUCUCCUUGCAGGAUUGGGGUGAUGCAGCAUUGGUUCUAGACCUUGCUAGUCAUGAUAAUAGCAUCGACUUUCCUGAGAAUAUCCGAUGUCUUGAGCAGGUUCUUAAUGAGGGCGAUCUACUUAGGCGCAUAGGUAAACUGGAAAUUGCAGGUAGGUGCUACAAGUCAGCAAGUAAAGUCCUCAAAGUCAUAGACGAAUGCCUCACUGAAUCGUCACCUUGGCAGGUCGAUGCCAUCAGUGGCAAACAAAGUCACGCUGGCUUAUUGCGGCAUUGUCAGCUUCUUAUAAGCAGCGGCGCCCGUCUUAUCGACAUUGGAUGUCGCAGGUCUCGGGCAGUGGCCACUUAUCGCGAGUCACUGCGCAUUCAGUCAUCAUCCAUCAUGCUAAGAAGUUCCUGGCUUAGAUACCGCCUGGCUCGACAACUUUUCAAUGUGGCAUCUAGCAACACUGCUGCUGCAUCGGAAGUCCUGGAUUUGCUUCGUCAUGCCUUUAGUUAUGCCCGGCGAAAAUGCGAGUGGAAACUUGCGGCAAAGAGUGCUCGCGCCCUCACUGUGGCUGCACUUCACUUUGUCCCAGGUGCGGUUUCGUCCCCACUUGUGGCGCUUCUCGCACACUCGUCAUUGGGACGUGCACGCCAUGCGUUUGCUACUUCUAACGACUCAAAUAGCCUCUUGAGCCGAGCAAUGGCAGGAGUAGAUGAUCUCCUCAUGGGCUUACUUGAAGUUCCAAAUGCAGGAGCUCUAGGCUGGUGCGACACUCUUGAAACACAUGAUCGGAAUGUUCUCGAUCGGCUGCUGGCGCCGUUUCCUAAAACGUUUUCCCUUGUUGCAGGUUUCAUAUCGCCAACAGGGCACCUUGUGAUUUCACGGCUUCAGCGUGGUCAACAACCAAUCACACUAUGCUCAGGCCUCCCAGAAAGCUGGUACGAUUCAGAUACUUCGACUUCUCCCCUUGGAACUUCUGCUAAGGCUCUGAAGGCCUCUGCUGCUGGUCUUCGCGCAGAUGCGUCCUUGCUGCCUCAACGUUCGAAGCUGCUUUUUACCAGCAGGAGCAAUCAUACUGCUGCGCGCAGAAUCUGGUGGUGCCAACGGCACUCUCUCGAUUCAGUCCUACAUGCUGGGCUUGUUGGCUUUGACAAGUCUUGGCUUGGUGCAAUGCGUGCGCUUUUUGCAACGAAGCCUGCGUCCAUACUCCGUCCUAAGCAAAGUGCCGAAGUUCCGAUUAGUGUUGAAUACCAGAUCAUGCAGCUAUGCUUCUGGGCUGCACCCAAUAUAACUCUACUGGAAGCCAACACGCUUCUCUGUGCCAGUAGGUUUGGGGUUGUUGACAUAAGAGGAACCGCUUCCCCCUGCAUCAUGAAGAUGUUGCUUCGUCUGUGGCUCACUCUUCUCUACAAGCUGACGAUUUUGGAUCUCAAGGCCGCUUUGGAUGACCUGAGGCUCAGCAACUUGGGCCUAAAAAGGCCACUGCUUGGUCGGCUCGCUGGUGUGCUUCAAAAGGCGGCCAUUACAUCACAAUGUGUGAUGCAACCCCGAAAGGUAGCGAAAGCUCGCCAACCUAUGAUUUUAGCACUGGACAAGCAGCUCCAAUUUUUGCCUUUCGAAGCUCUGUCUGUCCCACGUUCUGCACCAAUAUCACGCGUGCCUUCCCUCGCAUUUGCAUUAUCACUUGCAACAGGGAUGAAUCUAAGUGUCUCGGAUACCAUCAAUAAUGAUAUUCCUAUGCGUGCCUGCUGCGUUGUCGAUCCACAGGCGAACUUGCCCUCUACCCGUCAUAAGCUGGCAAAAUAUCUGGGCGAUACUAAGACAAACGCCACGAGUGGUCUUGUGUGGUCAUAUGCUGCUCUCGGUGAUAUGCCACCCCGUGAUGUCGCAGCACAGCUGACCGCCAAGAUGCCGAACUGUGCUGCAUUUCUUUUUUGCGGUCACGGCUAUGGAGGCGCUUACCUGGAGUCUGCUGUUGCAUCUAAUUUCAUGUCUGCAGUGCUGCUUAUGGGCUGUUCCUCGGGUGCUCUCUCGCGAGUAGGUGAUUUUGAAGCAAAGGGAAUGGCUCUCGAGCUGCUUGCUAGAGGGACUCCGAUCGUUGUUGCUAUGCUGUGGGACGUCACAGAUCGUGAUAUUGAUCGUAUCACUUUGUAUCUGCUACAGUCAAUGGCUAAAAGCCCAAGUUGUCCGAUACCUGACAUUCUAAACGCAGCUAGGAGAGAGACAAAACUAAGAAACCUUAAUGGUGCCGCCCCAGUGUGCUAUGGUCUCCCGAUAUCCCUCUCCAUCAUUGAGCAUACGCGACGCUGUUCAAAAUUUCAUUGCAAGGACCAGAACUAAACUCAAUCUUGGUGGCUCGGUGUAGGCUCGGUGGUGCAUGACUCGACGAUUCUAUUAAGCUAACAACGUCCGAUUAUUUAUUUAACUAGAAUACAUUAUACGUCUAGGAUGUCCUUGUGAGUUUGUGGUCAAUCGUGCGCUUAGCUGCGGACAGGGCUCCUCCCAAAAUAAGCUGGAACAUUGCGCCAGUCAACCUGAGGUCACGAUUACAGUGGCGUUUCGUGUCCGAGUCGCGUCCCCGCUAAGUAGUAGUAGAGGAGGAGGAGGAGGAGUUACAGUAAGUGCAAUUUACGUGCGGCGUUUUUUACGUGAGAAACGG